ACGUAUCUAGAGAGGGUGUUUGGGUUAGCUUAGUCUUAGUCUGGAUAUAAAACCCCUAACUUCUCGAAAGCCCCCAAUUUAGGGUUUAACAAACGCAACACUUCUGAACUCUGAUCUACAACAUACAUGGCUCCAGAUGCUUCCGAUGCUCUUGCAGUGAGAGAAAAAGUUCAACAGUUCUUGAACGCUGCAGUUACCGGAAACCUCGAUUUCUUGAAGAGUGUAGCUGCACAGUUAGAUGAUGGAAAAGGAUUAUCGCAGACGGUGGCGAAUGUUAAGGAUGCGAAUAAACGAGGAGCUUUGCAUUUUGCUGCAAGAGAGGGACAGACUGAGGUUUGCAAGUAUUUGCUUGAGGAAUUGAAACUUGAUGUGAAUGUUAAAGAUGAGGAUGGUGAGACACCUCUUAUUCAUGCUGCAAGGCAAGGACAUAUUAGUACUGCUAAAUACCUCAUCGAACAUGGGGCUGAUCCUUCGCUAUCGAGUGAGUUAGGAGCUACGGCUCUGCAUCAUGUUGCCGGAAUAGGACACAUUGAGUUGAUGGAGUUAUUGAUCUCCCAUGGUGUUGAUGUUAAUUCACAAAGUGAGUCUGGUACCCCGUUGAUUUGGGCUGCUGGUCAUGGACAACAAGAUGCUUUAAAACUUCUACUAAAACACAAGGCUGAUCCUAAUAUUGAAACUGAUGAUGGCAUUACUCCUUUGCUGUCAGCUGUAGCUGCAGGCUCACUCCAAUGUUUAGAGCUGUUAAUUCAGGCAGGUGCUAAAGUAAAUAUUAUUGCUGGUGGAGCAACCCCACUACAUAUCGCCGCUGAUAUUGGUAACUCAGAAUUGAUCACAUGCUUGCUUAAAGCUGGCGCUGAUCCCAAUAUGACCGAUGAGGAUGGCUUAAAGCCUGUACAAGUUGCAGCUGCUCGAGGUAACCGGGCUGCUGUUGAGAUGCUUUUACCACUAUCAUCUCAAGUGGAAACCGUUAAAGAUUGGACAGUUGAUGGUUUAAUCAACCAUAUGCAGUCCGAAGGUGCUAAAGAACAGGAAGUAGAAAGAAAUACAAGAGAUAUUCCAACCAAUUCGCCAAGUGAUGCUACUGUUUCAACCAAAGAAAUACCUAAGGUGUCAGCGGAAGCAAAGAAAAAAGCUGCUGAAGCCAAAUCAAGAGCAGAUGAUGCUUUCAGACGGAAGGAAUAUCAGAUAGCUGUAGAUGCUUAUACUCAGGCAAUUGAUUUUGACCCGAGUGACGCUACGUUGUUAUCAAAUCGUAGUCUCUGUUGGAUGCGCCUUGGGCAAGCUGACCGGGCGUUAACUGAUGCACAAGCGUGUAGGGAAUUGAGACCCAACUGGCAGAAAGCUUGGUAUAGAGAGGGUUCAGCUUUGCGUUUGAUGCAGAAAUUUGAUGAAGCAGCAAAUGCGUUUUAUGAGGGUGUUAAGCUUGACCCUGAAAAUAUGGAACUUGUACAUGCUUUCAGGGAAGCAGUUGAAGCUGGAAGACAAUUUCACGGUGUUAACAAGGAAAAAUAGGGAAUGAUCUAGUCCCUCUAGCACACAGAUCGGCGAUCAAUGACGUUGAUAAUGUAUGUUUAGUUGGCAGUUAGUGCGGUCUUCAUUUUUGAUCUGUUUUGUUUGGAUGAAAAGUGUUUUUAUAUCGCAGAUGAUUAUAUGAGGUGUUUGCGUCGUGACUAAAGUUUUCUACUCGUCGUGUACAUUAUGGUGGUUUUAAAUUGCCUGUGUACUAUAUGAUUGUUUUGAUUUAGUCAGGGUCUUAUUUA